CCCGCUUCCGAGACCCCCCAAAAUCCCCCAAAAUCCCCCAAAUUCCUCCCAGGACCCUCCAAGCCCCCCCUAAAUCCAUCCCAGGACCCCCCAGGAAGCCCCCAGCCCCCUCUUUGCCCCCGCCAUGUCCGGGGGUCCCGGGGCGGUGCCCGGGGGGGUCCGGCGGGCCCGGCAGCUCCUGCACGUGUCGGUGCUGGCCCAGAGCGCGGCCCCGUGCGGGCGGUUCCUGGCGGCGGGGAACGACCUGGGGGACAUCGCUGUCUUCAGCCUCUCGGCCGCUCUGAGCGCGGAGGCCAAAGAGGAAAAUCGGAGACCCCUGAGCGUCUUCAGGGCUCACUCGGGCCCCGUUUACUCCUUGGCCUCGACCGAGCGGCUCCUCCUGAGCGGCAGCGACGGCGAAGUCCGGGGGUGGGGCUGGGCCGAGCUGGGACGCAAGGGCUGUCGGGAGCUCUGGACCCGCCGCCCCCCUGCCAGGAACAGUUUGGAGGUGCCUGAGAUCAACGGGCUGGAGGUGAACCAGAGGGAUCACUGGGUGGCCCUGGCGGGGGACGGGGCCGUUCGGGUGCUGGACCUGGAGACGGGAACCUUCACGCACGAGCUGAGGGGGCACCAGGACCUCGUCCACGCCGUGGGCCCUUCGGGAGCAGCUCCCGCAGAUCCUGUCGGGGGGGAAGACGGGACCGUGAGGCUCUGGGAUCUGCGGAGCGGAGCCCAAGUGCAGGUGAUUGAGGUGCACAAGUACCCGGAGUGCAGCCGCCCCCAGCUGGGCAAGUGGAUUCGCUGUUUGGCCACCGAGAGCGACUGGAUGGUGUGCGGGGGCGGCCCCGCCCUGACCCUGUGGCACCUGCGCUCGGUGACCCCGACCACCGUGUUCCCCCUCCCCCCUCCCCAGCACCACGCCCUGUUCCACCAGGAUCUGGUGCUGGCGGGGGGGGUGGGCCCCUCCCUGCACCUCCUGCAGCUGAGCGGGGACGUUCGGGGGAGGGUCCCGGUGACCCCCCCGGCCCUGCAGAGCCUCUGCCUGCACCCCCGCUCACCUGAGCACCAGGUCCUGACGGUGGCCGGAAACAGCCCCAAAAUCGACGUCUUCACCAACCUGGGCUACCGGGCCUUCUCCCUCUGCUUCACUUGAGCCUCCCAGUAUAGACCAGUAUAGACCAGUGACCUCCCCGUGACCCCCUACUGACCCCCCAGUACAGCCCAGUACAGCCCAGUACAGCCCAGUGAUCCCCCUGGGCUACCGGGCCUUCUCCCUGUGCUUCACCUGAACUGGUCCCAGUAUGAACCAGUACAGACCAGUGACCUCCUGUUCCCUCCCAAUCCAUCCCAGUUUAUUCCAGUCCCUCCCCUCCCAUCCCAGUCCAUCCUAGUCCAUCCCAGUCCAUCCCAUCCCAUCCCAGUCCAUCCCAGUCCAUCCCAGUUCGGUGCCGGCCCCGCUCGGGGUCCGUUUUUGGUUAAAAAAAAUCUUUUUUUUAA